CAUCACAAAGGAGAACGUGGAAUUGAAUUAGGGCAAGAUGGCGGCAGGGAGUGCGGCCGUUCUGGAGCGACUCCGCAGCGUUAUGCGCAGUUCCAAGUACGUGUCAGAGCCGCUGACUGCAUACGUCAUCCCCACGGAUGAUGCACAUCAAAAGGGGCGUGGCUUUGGACGGAGCGGUCGCUACCACUUGCAAGCCUCGCAGGAGAUCAACCCUGACCUUUGGACCCUCAUGAAACAAGGGACCAGUGGAGUGCCUACUAUUGAGGAGUGGAUGAGCAAGGAACUGGAAUCUGGGGCCAGGAUUGGAUUUGACCCAUCUCUCACCUCUCACAAGGUGUACAAGAAGUACUCGGAGGCCACGGAGUGCACGGGGCAGGUUCUGGUACCAGUAUCAGUCAACCUGGUGGAUCUGGUAUGGGACUCUCGCCCAGCACGACCCGUCAACCCCCUCAUGGUCCUACCACUGCAAUACUCUGGUCAUAGCUGGCAAGAGAAGGUUAGCGAUGUUAGGAAAAAGAUGGAGGCACGGUCUGCUACGUCUCUGGUUGUGACAGCCAUGGACGAGAUAGCUUGGCUGCUCAAUCUUCGAGGCUCCGACAUUGACUACAAUCCCCUGUUCUUCUCCUACGCAAUCAUCACCACGGAUACCGUCAGGCUGUACUUUGACGCGGAUCUUUUGACAGACGAAAUUAAGGAGCAUCUUUGCGUUGGGAGUGAGGGUGGAGUGGCUACCCGUGAUUAUAGCGCAAUUUGGGACGACGUCAAGUCGCUGACUGAUUCAGAAGGGAAAAUAUGGAUAAACUCUGAGAGUGGUCAAGGUCUGGUGAGUCUGGUGCCCAAGGGGAGGAGAGUGGGGAAGUUGAGCCCCAUUCAGCUGCUGAAGGCAGUCAAGAACGAGACUGAGUCUCGCGGAAUGAGGGCUGCUCAUAUCAGAGACGGCGCUGCUCUGUGUGAGUAUCUGUGCUGGCUGGAGGAGAGGAUGAAGGAAGGCGACACAGUCACCGAGAUCUCCGGAGCCGACAAACUAGAGACUUUCCGCAGGCGAGCUCCAACUAUGACAUCACAACGAUUCUCAGAAUUGACCACGCCCCCUGUGUUCUGGCCCCGCCCCCAGCCCCACCCCUCAACGGAUCGUAGUCUGAGUGUCUUGGAGCUCUAUCUGUGUGAUUCGGGGGCUCAGUAUCGCGACGGAACCACCGACGUCACCAGGACAGUCCAUUUUGGCACACCUACUGCACAAGAAAAGGAGGCGUUCACUUGUGUUCUGAAGGGACACAUCGACUUGUGCUCUCUCGUCUUUCCCAACAAAACCCACGAGGCGAUAGCCCGAGCCCCGCUCUGGACUGCUGGUCUGGACUACAGACACGGGACUGGACACGGGGUCGGGUCUUUCCUCUGCGUCCACGAAGGUCCCAUGGGUAUCCACUUUCGACCGUACCCUGAGGGAAUUGAGGCUGGAAUGUUUAUGUCUGAUGGCCCACAAAGUGUAGGCAGUCGACCUAGUCCAGAACCCCUCCAAGCAUCCAUGUUUAUUUCAGAUGAGCCGGGCUAUUACGAAGAUGGAAAAUUUGGAAUAAGAAUCGAGAACGUAGUCGAAAUUGUGCCAACCACCACAAAGAAUAAUUUUGGAGGGACUGGAUUUUUGACGAUGGAGCCGGUGACAAUGGUGCCCGUUCAAACGAAGAUGAUUGAGCCGUCGCUUCUUAAUGAGGCACAGAUAACCUGGCUCAAUUCAUACCACACCUCCGUAAGGGAAACUGUUGGAACCUAUCUCAAGGAAAACGGGAAGGACGCGGCAUACCGCUGGUUGCUACGGGAAACCACCCCCCUGGGCUGAGUCCAGGAAGGUGGGACGAACUUCAGUUGAUGAUAAUACAUGGACCUUAGCCAACUAGUGACUUGUUAAAAUUCUACACAUUUUGACCUCUUGUUAUUCAUUUGGCCCACAGCAUAAUUGUAUAUACAAGUGACUAUGAAUAAUUUGCAUUCCAUUACGUAAUGUUACUAAACAUAGCACAACCCACUCAUUCUAGCGUUUACACUCAGCAAAUUUGAACAAGCAGCAAAUUUUGAACAAGCGGAACAACCUUCUAGAAGAAUCUGAGAGUUUUAGUCACUUGAGUGAUAUAUACACAGAGUAACAGGUGCAUGGGAUAUAAAAAUGAAUGAAAAACACAAAAAAAGGACAAACAAUAAAAUUCUAGAAGAAGUCUAUUUCACAAGAAGCAUCUGUUGUGACGAUACUCGAGGUCCUAGCAGUACUUUCCCUGACUUGUCUACGUGGAUCACAUGACUGUCACGUGACACGUGGACCCCGCUCUGUCGCGAGUAUCUCUGAUACACCCUCUCCUCCGCGGCCUUCGACCUCGCUUUCAGCGUCACUAUCUCCGUUUUCAGCUGUUCGUACUUUGACCUUAGUCCGGCCUUCUGUUUGCGGAGUUGCUCGACUUCAUCGUCGAGAUCUGUCAGUUCGUCUCGCUUCCUUUUCCUCGCGAUCAUGGCAGCCGUUUUGUUUUUCCCUCGUCUUCUCCAUUCCUUCAUGAACGCCACUUCGAUUUCGUUCAGCGUGGUGACAUCGAGAAGCCGGUUGAAUUCCUCGACCGGCAUCGAAACAGUCUUUCUCGUGUGAUUGGUUGGAUCGGGGCCCGGGGUGAUGUGCUAGGGACCUUGACAAGAAUUUCGUCUUCCGAUUGCCCGAAGAGAAGGGGAGGAAGACUUUGCCAGUUUUUCGGACGAUGAUGAAGAGGAGGAGGAGGAGAGGGGGGCGAUGAUGGGUUUGGUUUCAACAGGAGAGGCCGGUGAGCUCGGUGCAGGGUUGGGGGCGGGGGAGAUGUGCAUGUGUGAAACGGGUGACGAAGCUUUCAGAAAGGGGAGGGAGACCCCAUCAUCUCUUCAUCGGCGGAAGAACGACGUCCCAGUCCUGAGGAAUGUCAAAAAGUCAAGUUGCUCCUCUAACGACAGGCUCUGUCCUCUUGCUGCUCGCUGCGGCUGCGGGUUAGGGUUUUUGGGAAAUGUGGAGAUCAGUAUGGGUGUGUUGCGCGAGGGGGGAGACCGAGGGAGUGUGGUAAGUGGUGAGUGUGGGGAGGAGGAGGGGAGGGGGGAUCGCGGUAGUGAGUGGGAAAGGCUUCGAGGAGCGGCGUUAGUUCGGAAUGAGUGUUGGAAAGGCGGAGAGGACCAGAGGUGGGGGUUCUGCUCGCCCAGGAGGAGAGGCAGUGAGUUUGCUGGCAAGUUCAUUCCUCUCGCCCAUUUAUCGCCUCACCCCUCCACGUGGUCCAUUCGCUUGUUGCAUCAUCAUCGUCGGGGGCGAUGCGGCGAGAAGAACGGGGGAGGACCUCCCUCGGAAUAAUCCCGGCGGGACGUGUGAAUAUCCCGUUGUAGCCGA